CCUCACUGCGAGACCAGCAGCACGCUGAUAAACACACGCGAGCCAUGCGAAUUUAAAGCUCUGCGACAUAAACUCACCGCAUGCUGCAGCAAAUCUAACAUAUCUGAGAUAUUUUACAAGAAGCUGGUGGAUUAUCGGAGUAACUGGAGAAGUUAUGCUUUUUCCCUGACCAUCGCAAAAGCUUAAAAAUGAAUCCUCAUUGCGCGCGCUGUGGGAAAAUAGUCUACGCAACAGAGAAAGUGAACUGCCUGGACAAGUAUUGGCACAAAGGAUGCUUCCAUUGUGAGGUGUGUAAAAUGACUCUCAACAUGAACAACUACAAGGGAUAUGAGAAGAAGCCCUACUGCAACGCGCACUAUCCAAAACAGACCUUUACAAUUGUGACAGACACCCCUGAGAACCUACGGCUGAGACAGCAAAGUGAGCUCCAAAGUCAGGUCAAGUACAGGAAGGAUUUUGAACAGAGCAAGGGUCGGGGCCUCAAAUUUGUCUUGGAUACUCCAGAGCUACAGAGACUGAGGAAG